GUCUACUUCAUCCCGGUCCUUGUCUUCUACUUAUUCUAGUUACUCAAAAAUCUUCCACCCAAAUAUAUCCAGUAAGCUUUCUCCAUUUCCCUUUCACACUGUUUUCCAUUUGCUUCUUCUGAUUACUUUUAUCUCAAAAUCAAAUCAAAGCUUCAAUCUUUGAAUAAAUAAAUACACAGAGUGAAUUGUUUUUGUGGGGUAGGUGAAUAGUGGGUUUUGAGUUGUUUGUCGUACUGAGACGGGGAAGGUGGUGGCAGUGGCAGCUGUGGUGUGUACGGCGGCGGUAUGUGCCGCAGCUGUGCUGGUGACGAGGCACCGGAUGAAGAGCUCCAGGAAAUGGACCAAGGCGGAGGCCAUUUUGAGAGAGCUGGAAGAGGAGUGUGGCACCCCAACUGGUAAGCUCCUGCAGGUGGCUGACGCCAUGACGGUUGAGAUGCACGCCGGCCUCGCCUCCGAAGGCGGCAGCAAACUAAAGAUGCUCAUCAGCUAUGUUGAUAAUCUUCCCACUGGGGAUGAAAAAGGAGUAUUUUAUGCAUUGGACCUAGGUGGCACAAACUUCCGAGUCCUGCGGGUGCAGCUUGGUGGAAAAGAAAAACGUGUGGUCAAAAAAGAAUCCGAAGAACUUUCAAUUCCUCCACAUUUGAUGGUUGGGUCAUCUCAUGAAUUGUUUGAUUUUAUUGCUAAGGCACUUGCAAACUUUGUUACAACAGAAGGUGAAGACUUUGUUCUUCCACCUGGCAGGCAAAGGGAGCUGGGUUUCACCUUUUCCUUCCCAGUUAGGCAACUAUCAUUGGCUUCCGGGACUCUUAUAAAGUGGACUAAAGGCUUCCUCAUAGAAGAUGUUGUUAGUUUCAGAACUUAAUUUUUUUCUCUUCUUUUUUCUAUGUUGAACUUUUGUUUAUUAUUCUGUUAAUUAUCUGUGCAGAGGGCAUACCUAUUGCACUUGGGUUCUGUUUUAGGAUUAAACCUUAAUCCCUAACUCUGAAAGCAAUAACAAACAAAAAGGAAAUCAGAAAAUGCACAAAGAAUCCAAAUAUAUAGUAUUUGACAUCAGUGUGAGAGCUAUGUCCACUAGCUGAUUUUCACAAAAAUCCACUUGUCUUCAGAAUUUAUUUAUUUAUUCCUUUUU